CGAAGAAAGAAACAACGUUUAUCUCUCCCCCCCUCUCUCCAUUCGUUGCCGUCGUCUUCCGCAAUUCUCUCUCUCUCUCUCUCCCUCUCUCUCUCUCUCUGUGUCUCUCUCUCCACUGUCCAUAGCCACUGCGCGGUUAGUUUCAUCCAUUCACCGACCUGCAUUUUCUAUUGUCGUCGAACAAUUCUCUCUCAUUCUACCUAUCCGCCAAAUCUAAAUUACUUUUCGACUCCUUUCGAGUUUCGAUUUUCAAUUUUAGGGUUUCCCGAUUUCAGUUCUCAAUUCUAGGGUUUUUUUGCUUUUAAUUUUUUGUGCCUAGGGUUUAUUUUCGCUGUAUUGAAUGGUUGAAUUGGUAUCUAUCUAAGCUGCGAACGCUUAAGAAUGCCGGACGCGAAUCAGCCAGCGUUGAUGUACGGAGCCGAAGGGAGGCCCCACAUCGAAGACGGCGAAGACGAAGACGUUGCUAGCGGGGAGUCCAUAGACAACCCCCACGAUCGAUUUGGGGAUCACGGCCUCCAUGACGGUGGCGCCGGUGGUGGAGUGAUGACCGGUGUUGAUCCCCAUCCUUUCUGUAUUACCGGGUCUGAAAUUAUGCCGGCUGCUGGAGGAGGUGGAGCCGACCAGCUAACACUUUCGUUUCAGGGAGAGGUUUACGUCUUCGACUCUGUUUCGCCUGAAAAGGUGCAGGCAGUUCUGUUACUUUUAGGUGGAUAUGAAGUACCCCCUAAUGGCAUUGCUCCUGUUGGGGUACCUCCUCAGAGUCAUAGGGGUUUAGGUGAUUUUUCUGGAAGAUUAAAUCAACCACAAAGGGCUGCUUCUUUGAAUCGUUUCAGGGAGAAGAGAAAAGAGAGAUGUUUUGACAAGAAAAUCCGUUACAAUGUUCGAAAAGAAGUUGCUCUCAGGAUGCAGCGGAAAAAGGGUCAGUUUACGUCUUCCAAGGCUGUUUCAGACGAAGUGGGUUCUUUAUCAGAUUGGAACGCAGCACAGGAUUCUGGACAAGAAGAGCAGGAAAAGAUAUGUACACAUUGUGGUAUUAGCUCAAAGUCCACUCCUAUGAUGCGCCGUGGCCCCACUGGCCCAAGGACAUUAUGCAAUGCAUGUGGGCUCAAGUGGGCAAACAAGGUCCGUGCUACACCAGGAGUUUUAAGAGACCUCUCAAAGCUUUCAGCUGCGGGAUUUCAGGAUCCUACUUUAAGGGCUCCAGAACAGGGUGAGAAUGAAGCUUCAGACGCCGUAACCCCAGUUGCCCGCACCGUCAAUUCCGCUAACGGCAACAACUCGAUUGUGGCUGCUGAAGGAGAGCGUGUGUGUGAUGUGUUGGAACUUGGAAGAAUGGAUGCUGUGAAUCCGAGGCCACUCCAAGCCAGGCCGUAUGAGGGAGACGAUCAGAAUCACAUGCAGGAGGUGGCGAUACGGGUGGAUGAAGACGGAGGAGGCGGCUUUGAAGCCGACGAAUACGACGAUUUCACUUCCGGCCCCCACGAGUCGGGGAAGGCCGCCAGGGAAGUGCACCGGAUGAGUUAUGUGAACAGCCGUACUGCUACUGCUACUGCUACUGCUACUGCUACUGCUGCUCUGCCUUAUCGGACCAGUGAACUUACCAUUUCCUUUGAGGGAGAGGUUUAUGUAUUCCCUGCCGUUACUCCGGAGAAGGUCCAAGCAGUGCUGUUGCUCUUGGGAGGGCGAGACAUACCUAAUAGUGUGCCUACGUCAGAAUUUUUGUUGCAACAGAAUAGUAAGAAUUUGGGUGAUACCUCACGAAGCUCAAAUCUCUCAAGAAGAAUUGCAUCCCUGGUUAGGUUUCGUGAAAAACGAAAAGAGAGAUGCUUUGAGAAAAAAAUUCGUUACAGUUGCCGAAAAGAGGUUGCUCAGAGGAUGCAUCGUAAGAAUGGCCAAUUUGCAUCAAUAAAGGAGUCCUACAAAAUGCCAACUCGGGAAUGGGAUCCAAGUGAUGGCACUCCUAGCCCGGAAUGUGUUUUUCGUAGAUGUCAACAUUGUGGAAUUAGUGAAAAGUCUACUCCAGCAAUGCGUCGGGGACCAGCAGGUCCCAGAACUCUUUGCAAUGCAUGUGGGCUUAUGUGGGCAAAUAAGGGGACCUUGAGAGAUCUUACAAAAGCAGGAAGGAUUUCUUCUUUUGAGCAAAAUGAGGUGGGAACUCCUUCUGAUGUUAAGCCCUUGACAGUUGAGGCAGAAAAUACCUAUCAUAAGCAGUUGGCGGAGCAGGGAAGCCCAGAAGAGACAAAGCCCUUGAUAAUGGAAUCAGAUGAUCCUUCCAUUAUGCAGAAUGAACAGGAUUCCUUGGAGACUGCAGAAGCUGUUACCGAUAAUUCACCGAUCCAAGUAGAAAACUCAUCAGCCAACCUCGAUGAUCAGGGAGCUCUAGACGAGCUGGCGAGUGCAUCAGGGACCGAAUUUGAGAUCCCAACGAAUUUCGAUGAUCAGCAUUUCAUAUCGAUGUACAGGUUGAUGUCGACUCCCACAUGGGGACUGGUUGGCCCAGGAAUUGAGAGCAGCAGCAGAUCAUCUGCAUCUGCUCAUGAUUUUAAACCUAUUUGAGGGCGGCGGAGAAUGCGCUUUCUGCUAGUAAAAGCUUUCUUCUGGAAGAUGGUUUUGUUAAUAGUGAGAAAGAGAGAGAGACAGAGAGAGAUGGCUUGUGUAUUUAUAGCUGGAUGUUGUGUUAUAAACUCGACAAAAUAUGAAGAACCCUGUGAUCAAUUUUCUGCA